UUUUGUUCCCAAUUGCGUCGACGACGGAACCUGAAAAAGAACCGAGAAACUGAUCGACGAUUCGACCGAGCCCACACUCGUUUCAUUGUCACUAAGGCGGUCCACUGAUAUCGCAUGUCCACUAUUCAGAACCUCGAAUAUCAUGACCCCUUUGCUGAUGCAAUUAAGGGCGACGAUCAACUCCCAGCAGGGACUGACGAUUACAUCCAUAUAAGAAUUCAGCAGCGUAACGGCAGGAAGACACUGACCACUGUUCAGGGCAUUUCUGAUGAUUAUGAUAAAAAGAAACUUGUGAAAGCCUUCAAGAAGAAAUUUGCCUGCAAUGGUACUGUGAUUGAACAUUCAGAAUACGGUGAGGUAAUCCAGCUUCAAGGUGACCAACGAAAGAAUAUCUGCCAAUUUCUCCUAGAGGUUGGCAUUGUCAAGGAGGAGCAGCUGAAGGUUCACGGCUUCUGAAGGAUGUGCUUACAAACUCGUGAAAUUUCUUGUUGCAGGGCUGGUUCUUUUUACAUUUGUUAGCUAAAUAUAUACUAUGCAGAAAAUGAUUUGCUGCAGAGAAUGGACUUCCCAUGUGAUUGGAUCUUCAGAAUUUAACUCCUAUAUGCAUGGCUACAGAAGAUGUGUGCUCUUUAGGCUCGUAACUCAUAUGGAAUCUACUAUAAGAUGGUAAAUGGAAUGAAUAAGCAUGUGUAUUUAGAACAUUUCCAAUGGAAAUGUUUUAGUGCUAAUUGUUCUUAAAUUUUCUUCUGAAGUAUUGUUUGUAUUAAACCAUGUAUGUUGUAUAAGACUAACCAAUAAAACCAGCUAUGUAUUC